AUGUCUGCCAUAGUCCGGCCAUUGAAAUGGUUCUAUCAUGAAUUCGGCAUUGUCUCAAUCCACGAGACCGGCCGGAAUGCAUACCUCAUUGUGCUGGCACGGACCUGCCGCAUGUUUGCCUAUGGCACGAAUACGCUGAUACUGGCCAUCUUCUUCUCGGCACUCAACUACUCGGACCAUCAGAUCGGGCUGUUCAUGACGCUGACGCUGCUGGGCGAUGUCUUCCUGGGCACCUUUCUCACCCUGAUUGCCGACCGGGUCGGGCGGCGAAAGGUGCUGUUGGGCGGGUCGUUCCUGAUGGUCUUGAGCGGCGCCAUCUUCGCCGUCUUCGAGAACUUCUGGAUCCUGCUUCUCGCCGCCGUCCUGGGCGUCAUCAGUGUCACCGGAGGAGACUUUGGGCCCUUCCGAAGCAUAGAAGAGUCCGUUCUGUCGCAACUCACCACGCCGUCUACCAGAGCCGAUGUGCUGGCCUGGUACGUCACGACGUCGACCCUGGGCUCCAGCAUUGGCAGUGAGGCCUCCGGCAGGAUCGUGCACUAUCUCCAGGCCCGAGAAGGCUGGACCCCCGUCGACGCGUACCACGCCCUAUUCUGGGUCUACACGGCCAUGGGGCUCGUCAAUGCGCUCCUCGUACUCCCGCUGACCGAGGCUUGCGAGCUGCACACCCCGGCCGAAACGUACUCGCAGGUCCCACAGGACGAGCACGAGCAGGGCGACAGUAACGUGGAACUGCCGGGCGGCGAGCCCCAGCCCCAGCUGCAGCACCACGAUGGACAGGACGGCGACGCUGACGGCGAUGCAACCCCGGACCCAUCUUGGAGCGGCUGGAUCGCAAAGGCCAAGUCCUGGUUCACGACGCGGUUUGCCGAGAUCUCGGCGCCCACGCGCUCGAUCAUGUACAAGCUCUGGUUUCUGUUGGCGGUCGACUCGUUGGCGGACGGCAUGGUGCCGUACUCGCUGACCAACUACUACAUGGACAACAAGUUCCAGCCGAGCAAAUCGACGCUGGGCGACGUGUCGUCGGUGAGCUACCUGCUGGGCGCCGUCGCGGCGGUCUUUGCCGGCCCGCUGGCGCGCAAAAUCGGGUUGAUCAACACCAUGGUGUUCACGCACGUGCCGUCGUCCGCCGCCGUGGUGUUCUUCCCCUUCCCUCCGUGGCUCUGGAUGACGGCCGCGCUGCUGUUUGUGCGUGCCGGUCUGAACAACAUGGACCAAGCGCCGCGCUCGGCCUUCAUCGCCGCCGUGGUCAAGCCUAACGAGCGCACCGCCGUCAUGGGCAUCACUAGCAUGCUGAGGACCAUGGCUGCCAUGGCCGGGCCCUCCGUGACCGGCCUCCUCGCGGCAAACAACCAGUUCUGGAUAGCGUUCGUAGUGGCUGGCGUGUGUCGCUUGGCCUACGAUUUCGGCUUGUACGCCAUGUUCGUUAACAUGAAGCUGUAUCAGCAUGAGCCUGAGGCAAAGCUGCAUGACUUGCCUAAUGGUCACGGCCACGGCCACGGCCAUCACCAUAGACAACGUGAGCCCGACGAGGAGGACGUGCUGGAGAUGCGCAGUCUCGCUGACUCCGACACCUCUGGCUCCAGCACCUUGGAGGCAGAUGACAAGAGUGAGGCGGUAGUAGCAGGGGGGAAAGAGAGGUUCGCCAACACCGCUCUCGAAAUUGACUCUGCCGUCGAGAGACUGCGGAGUCGUAGCCCGCGUCGGUCGACUGCUGCAGAGUGA